AUGGACGCGUUCGUAUCGCGAAAGAGGAAGUGGGCUGAACAACCCCCAAAGUCGGUAGAGAAUAUAAGCAUGCAGCAAGAAGAAGACUCUACCGACUUUAAGCUGGCUCUACUGGCAUCUCUACACCCCAAACUCGACGAAAGCACCCUGCUUGAAGCAUUGCUCGCCGCUGAUGGACAUGUGGAACAAGCCUCGGAGUCGUUAUCGCAGCCGAGGAAGCGGCCUGUAUCAUCUACAGUCGGUUAUCAAUCAUCGUUGAGCUCGUAUCGCAUUACUCCGGCCAACGGGACAUCCACCAAAAGGCCACUGGUGAAGAAAGGGAAGACACUGUUCUUAUACAGCCCAGAGGAUGUUGAAGCACACACGCCUUGCUCCAUCAUCCAUAACUUCCUACCGGCAAAGCAAGCGGAAGCAUUGCUGUCUCAAUUGUUGGAAGAAGCGUCCUCGUAUAAUAGGUAUAAGUUCAAGCUGUUCGAAAGAGUCGUGUUGAGCCCUCACACGUAUUCCUUCUACGUCAACAGCCUAGAAGAGGCAGAAAAACAGAAGACGGAGUACAUUUACAAUGGUGGCGAGCUCGAGGAUGUCCGGCAAAGUACAUCAGAAAUGCUAAACGCAUGUCCUCAGGUGGAAGAGGCCGUCAACCGCGAAAUCCAACGCAGGAUUCGCGACUUCUACCCCUCCGGCAAGAAACUCAAAUACCAAUCUCCUCACCCAUGGAAGGCCAACACAGCCUUUGUGAACUGCUACGAUGGACCUCAAGAAAGCGUCGGCUACCACGCGGAUCAAUUGACCUACCUUGGCCCAAGAGCCAUCAUUGGCAGUCUGAGCCUGGGAGUAGCGCGUGAAUUCCGCGUUCGCAAGAUCCUCGCCGAAGACGACUCUGUGCACCCCAAACAAGACGGCUCACUGGCCGAUGCGCAGGGCCAGAUUAGCAUCCAUCUGCCGCAUAAUUCGCUCCUGGUUAUGCACGCAGAGAUGCAGGAGGAAUGGAAACACUCCAUAGCUCCGGCUCAAGCUAUCGAUCCUCACCCACUUGCAAAGAAUAAACGGCUGAAUAUCACGUAUCGCUUUUACAAGGACAGUUUGCAUCCGAGGUAUACACCAAAGUGCAAGUGUGAUGUUCCGACUGUGUUGAGGUGCGCGACAAGGAAGAAGGAGAGUAGAGGCAGGUACAUGUGGAUGUGUCAUGCAGGUUACGUGCCGGGAAGGGAGAGCUGCGGGUUUUUCCAAUGGGCAGAGUUUGAUGAGGAUGGGGAGCCGCCAUGGGCUGGAAAGAUGAAGAAGGAGGAACGAAGGAGUGGGGAAGAAGGAAAGGCUGGUGUUGAACAUGGUAGGAAAGAGUGA